UGUGGAGCUGACGCCCCAGGGAGGACGUUUACGUAAAACACGAUUCGGUCCACACAGCCCCGAGGAAUGAUGGAAUGGCAUGGGCUUGCAUGGGGUCAUGGCCCAGUGGCCUUUCCUGUCCCCACCUCCUGGGAGCCCUCCCUCUCCACCUGCACACACCCCAAGGUGACUCUUAGGGGGAUCUCUCUGCUCCAGAUACAGAUCGGCUGCCACACGGAUGACCUGACCAGAGCCAGCAAGCUGUUCCGAGGCCCACUCGUGAUUAACCGGUGCUGCUUGGACAAGCCCACCAAGUCGAUCACCUGCCUCUGGGGCGGCCUGCUCUAUAUCAUCGUGCCUCAGAGCAGCAAACUGGGCUCUGUGCCCGUAACUGUUAAGGGGGCCGUGCAUGCCCCAUACUACAAGCUGGGGGAGACCUCCCAGGAGGAGUGGAAGAGGCGCAUCCAGGAGAAUCCAGGUCCCUGGGGAGAGCUGGCUACGGACAACAUCAUCCUGACAGUGCCAACCGCCAAUCUCCGCACGCUGGAGAACCCUGAGCCGCUGCUUCGCCUCUGGGACGAGGUGAUGCAGGCUGUGGCACGGCUGGGGGCUGAGCCCUUCCCUCUGCGUCUUCCUCAGAGGAUCGUUGCUGACGUGCAGAUCUCAGUUGGCUGGAUGCAUGCCGGGUACCCCAUCAUGUGCCAUCUGGAAUCUGUGCAGGAGCUCAUCAAUGAGAAGCUCAUCAGAACCAAGGGGCUGUGGGGCCCCGUCCACGAGCUUGGCCGCAACCAGCAGCGGCAAGAGUGGGAGUUCCCCCCGCACACCACCGAGGCUACCUGCAAUCUGUGGUGUGUUUACGUGCACGAAACGGUCUUGGGCAUCCCUCGAGGCCGGGCGAAUAUUGCUCUGUGGCCUCCAGUUCGGGAGAAGAGAGUCCGAAUCUACCUGGGCAAGGGUCCCAAUGUGAAAAACUGGAAUGCGUGGACUGCGCUGGAAACAUACCUACAGCUACAGGAGGCCUUUGGUUGGGAGCCAUUCAUCCGUCUCUUCACUGAGUAUAGGAACCAGACCAACUUGCCCACAGAUAAUGUUGACAAAAUGAAUCUGUGGGUGAAGAUGUUCUCCCACCAAGUGCAGAAGAAUCUGGCUCCGUUCUUUGAGGCCUGGGCCUGGCCUAUCCAGAAGGAAGUGGCUACCAGCCUGGCCUAUCUGCCUGAAUGGAAGGAAAAUAUUAUGAAAUUAUACCUCCUCACACAGAUGCCCCACUGAAAUUGAAGUCAAGAAAUGCAAGAGAGAAUUGACACAUCUCAGCAAAGAAAACUAAACAGAUUUGAUUAUAACUGAAGAAGAUCUCAACACAUUUCUGGAAGAGAGAAAGUGGAUGAAACAUGAGAAUGAAUGAAAGAGUGAAGGUAUCUUUCAGACAGAAUAGAAGCUGAUCUGAAUAACAUAAUUCCAAAGAAACAUGAGCACCUGAAAAGUCUACAAAGAGUUAUACCAGUUGUAAAAUUGAAUCCCAUCCUAUUCUGCCCCAACCAUUGUGCAUAGAAUACAGGCAGUCUAUAAUUGGUAUCCAUUACAAAUCUAUUGUUCUUGUUGUUGUUUGUAUAGAAAUUGAAUAAACUGCCUGAGGAGAGGUAGGAGUUGGUGCCCCAGAAUAAAAUUUCUCUUUUUGUGGAAAUAAGUGACCCCUAGCCUAUCGGCUAAUCCUCUGAAUGUUGAAACCCCUCCUCAAGUAACCCUAGUGCUUCUAGUCCUGGAAGAGGCUUAUUGGAGAAACAGAUCCAACCAUACACUGGCAGAGGACACCCACACCAACUCCUGUAAAAGUUAACAGUUAUAUUGAUUCUUAAAACAGUCAGCUAGGAAUCCCGUCUUUGGGCAUCGGGGGGUGGAGGAGGAGGACCAGGGGAGGAGCAUUUAAGAAAAAUAAUCAGUUAGAAUUAGGACGCUUGAAAAAUACCACAAGCUCUAGAGGAAACAAAGUGAACAUGGAAAGAAUAACUUUAAAAUCUGUAUCUUCAGAGAGAUUUGAGGUGUAUUUGUAAGAUGAGUACAGAAUGCUACCCAGAAAUGAAAAACUGAGAAUAAAAGAGCCCUUGAAAGUGAAAUAAAACUGCCCAAAAUAUUCAGUGGACAGGCUGGAAAAUAUAGUUGAGGGAAACUCCUUAGAUAUAGAACAAAAAGAAAUAGCAGAAAAAAAUAAAGGAAAAGAUCUAGACAAUCAAUAUCUAAGCAUUAGGACUUUCUGGAAAAGAGAACAUAAAAAAAUAUAGGUGAAGAAAUAAAAAGGACAAAAAAUGAAGAACAGAAAGAACCACAUCUCCAGAUUGAGGAGCCCCAAUACAACCUACGUCUACACACAAUCUUGUGAAAUUUUGGAAUAUUAAGGAUACAAGGAAGAUGUUAAAAGUGCCCAAAGAGAAAAUAAAGUUAAGUCAUCACAAUUAGCUCAACUAAAACAGGAAUAAGAAAUAGACUGGCAGCAGAUUUUUCAUUAGCAAUACUGAAUGCUAGAAGCCAGUGGAGUAAUUUCUUCACUUACAGAAAAUUUUUGUACUCAGAAUAACAUAGCAAGCCAAACUGUCAAGAGUAGUGUCAAAAUAAAGACCUUUUCUAACGUGCAAGUUUUCAGAAAGUCUACCUACUUUGCACCCUUUCUGAGAAAGUACCUCGAGGAAGUUCUCCGACAAAAUGAUGAGGAAAACUGGGAAAGAGGAAAAAACAGAAUCCAGAAAACAAUGGAUCACACCCAGGAGGUGUCACUCUAGCAGACCCAUUUCAGAUGAGAGUACACAGUCUCGGGCUCUUUGGGGAAAGUAUGCAUUCUGUUCCAUAGAUAGUUUCAUUGAGAAGCUGGAAUGUUUGAGUAUAUGGAGGACAUACAUUCUUUAGUCAGCAAAAAGAAAACAGAAAUAAGUCAAGACAUUUGGGUCCAAAUGUGAAACAACAAAAACUCACGGGAUAUAAGAAGAGACUCAAUUGGACAUUGGCGGUAGGUACAUCUCCUUACAAGAGGCACGGGCUUCAUGAACACUGGAUAUGUACAGGAGAAAAUGGCCUAGCUUCUACUCAGCUCUCAGUAAACAUGAUUUAUUUAGCCAAAGUAAUGCAGAUGCUGUUUGUUGGUAUUCAGUGUUCUGAUCAGCCUAGAGACAAAACAUGAAAGGCUUACUGUUUUAUUCAGGAAUGAAACUGAAAAUAAUUAAUUCUGACAAAUUAAGAAACAAGAGAGCAGAAAGAGGUUGAGAAUUGGUUGGGGGAAGAGAGGUGUCAGGAAGAGUGGGGCUACUUAGAUAUUCACAGUGGGAAUGAGAAGAUAAAGUCCGCAGCUAAUGGAACAAGAACUGGAGGAUAGUAUAUUGUCCAAAGUUAUAAAUUAAAUCAAUGGAAGUCUUAAAAAUGGCAUAUCUAUCAAAAAUUUGGGAAAGGAUAGGCAUAGGAAAGGUGGGGAUAGUGUAAGUUAAAUCCUUAUCUUUUGUAAUGGGGAAUUAUUAAAGAUUGUCUAAAGUUAAUAAGUCAAGAAUUAUUGUUCAGACAUAUUAUUUAAUGUUAGCAAGUUAGUCAACAGAAGAUCUAAAAAUAGAAAUUGUUAAAUGCAUUGCCUCUAGGGAAUGGGUCUAGGGUUAAAAGGGGUGGGGUGGGAAACUGUGUUUUUCAUUUCAAGUCCUUCUGUACUAUUUAAUUUUUUACCUUGUGCAUGUAUUUGAAAAAUUUUUAAUAAACUCAAAUAAAAAUUCUUCAGUGACCUCAUAUUGACUAAGAUAUGCCCCAACCAAAACCCUU